AUGGGCGGCGGCUUUGGAGCGGCGGCGCGCGACACCUUCAAGUACAGCGGCAAGGUGCGCCCGGGCAAGCAGUCUCCAAAGCGGUCGGUGCCAAAGUCGAUCUCGAAGCCCGACUACUGGAAGGACGGGCAGCCAAAGGCGCGCGGGCCGAUGCUGCCGUGGCAGAUCCAGAAGAAGAGCGAGGCCGAUAUCGAGGGGAUGCGAGCGGCGGGCAGGAUCGCGCGAGAGGUGCUCGACCUCGCUGGCGCGGCGGUGGCGCCGGGUGUGACGACGGAGGCGAUCGACGCCCUCGUGCACGAGGCGGCGGUCUCGCGCGGCGCCUACCCCUCCCCGCUCAACUACCACGGCUUCCCAAAGUCUUGCUGCACCUCAGUCAACGAGGCGGGCGUGAUCUGUCACGGCAUCCCGGACUCGUCGAAGCUGCGAGACGGCGCGGCCCGCCCGACACCGCGACGCCACCUCUCCCGCUCCUCUUCAGCCGCCCCGCCGCCGCUGGAACGCCUCUGCACCGCCUCUGCACCGCCAGGCGACAUCGUCAACAUCGACAUCACAUGCUACUACGGAGGCUACCACGGGGACUGCUCCGAGACAUUCCUGGUUGGCGAGGUGGACGAGGCGGGCAGGCAGCUGGUCAAGGUGACGCACGACGCCUGGCAAGCCGCCAUCGCGUACUGCGCUCCCGGAAAGGAGUACAAGGGCAUCGUAGGCGCCAUCAUCGAGGACUACAUCGCCCCGCACGGCUACAGCACCGUGCGAGAGUUUUGCGGCCACGGCGCGGCGAGAGAGGCCUCGCCCGACGGCAGCGCGGGACGGGGCGCCGUUUUCCACGAGACGCCGAACGUGAUCCACGCGCGCAACAACGAGCCGGGGACGAUGCAGGUGGGGCACACCUUCACGAUCGAGCCCAUGAUCUGCGAGGGCGUCGAGAAGCACAUCCUGUGGCGCGACGGCUGGACAGCGACCACCAAGGACGGCAAGCGUUCGGCGCAGUUCGAGCACACGCUGCUCGUCACGCCCGACGGCAUCGAGGCGCUCACUGCGCGCACCGAGAACUCCACGCCCUUCUGGUGGGAGAAGUGA